UCGGUACCCGAUCGAUCGUCAAGCCUCGCACCAGCUUUUAUCAAUUCCUUUGUACUUGUAAUUGUUUUUUUUUUUGUUUUUUUUUUUUUGUUCGCGAUCAAGACAAUUUACUGGUGAAGAUGAGGAACGCCUGUGUGAUCGUCUUUUUGUGCUUCGCCGCUGGCGCCCUUGCCGAAACGUACCCCAACAAAUACGACAACAUCAACAUCGAUACAAUUUUGAUGAACGAUCGGGUUUUGAAUAGUUACGUCAUUUGCUUGGUGGAAAAUAAGAAUUGCACCAGAGAGGGCCGCGAACUCAGGAAAUUCCUGCCCGACGCAUUGAAAACUAAUUGCGCGAAAUGCAACGACCAUCAAAAGAGAAUGGCGAAGAAAAUUCUUACGCACCUGAAGGAGAAGCGAUCAGCUCUAUUUAAAAGAUUGACGACUACAUUCGAUUCGUCGGGCGAAUUGGAGAGGAAGUACGAAAAAGAAGGGUUUAACUUUUAAAUUAUUAACUUUGGACUAGAUGUUGAAAUUUUUUUUUUUACAAAUCCUAUGUUUGUAUUUUUUUCUAGUUAUGUGAAUUAUAAAUAUUUUUUUUUUUAUAUAAAGAUAGUACAAAUGGCAUUGAGUUAAUGAAGAAUCAUCAUUAUUUUUCUUUUCAUGGUAAAAAUACGUUUUACAUUAAAAGCAAAAAAGUGAAAGAUUUUUUGUCUUUUUUUUUCUCAUACUUACUUUAUUGGUACACUUUACGCUUACGAGCCAUUUAUUCUACUCGUCGUUUUUUGACUAAGGAUCCGAGCUGAAAAAAAAAAAAAAAGUGUUUCAGAUGUUUCAUUUCGUAUUUAAAAUAAAGACUGUUGAAUCAUUGUUACUCCAAGCAAAUGAAUUUUGUAAUA